AUGACCGGUGCUUCCAGAACCUACAGUAAGACUUCCACUGUCCCCCGUCGUCCCUUCGAGUCUGCUCGUCUUGAUCAAGAACUCAAGUUGAUCGGUGAGUUCGGUCUCAAGAACAAGAAGGAAAUCUGGAGAGUCGGAUUGACUCUUUCCAAGAUUCGUCGUGCUGCUCGUGAGCUUUUGAAGCUUGAUGAGAAGGAUCCUCGUCGUCUUUUCGAAGGUAACGCUCUUAUCCGUCGUCUUGUCCGUAUUGGUGUCCUCGAUGAAUCCCGUAUGAAGCUUGAUUACGUUUUGGCUUUGAAGAUUGAGGAUUUCUUAGAACGUCGUCUCCAAACCCAAGUCUUCAAGUUGGGACUUGCCAAGUCUAUCCAUCAUGCCCGUGUCUUGAUCCGUCAACGUCAUAUCCGCGUUGGUAAGCAAAUCGUUAACGUUCCCUCUUUCAUUGUUCGUUUGGACUCUCAAAAGCACAUUGACUUUGCCUUGACCUCUCCCCUCGGUGGUGGUCGUGCUGGUCGUGUCAAGAGAAAGAGAGCUGCUGCCGGUGCUGGUGGUGAUGAUGCUGAGGAUGAUGAAGAGUAA